AUGUUUAGAGAAGAUUAUAAAAUUUUUUAUAUUCAGUACAUUCAUUCAUUGUAAAUAUUCAAAUCUUUUAUUUAAUUAAUAUCUAUCUAUUUUUAAAUCAGUUUUUGUUUUGUUUAUAAAAAUAAAUAAAUAAUAACUUUAGAUUAUAAAUAACAAUAAAAGUUUUGCAAAUAUUAGUAGAAAAGAAGCUAUAUAAAUAGGAAUAUUAAGCAAUGUCAGCCAAAGUUAAAGCAUAAUUAGCAGAAUCUCUUAAUUCUAUUCACGAUACUUACUUACUAACUUAAAUUAACGACUUUUUAAUUAAGAUAUCAAUCUUCAUUUGAUGAAUUGAAAUUAGGCAUAGAAAAUUUAGAGAAAUAAGUAGAGAGAUAUUUGGCUCAAGACAGCAAUUCUUGUGAUUAAACUAAAUCACAAUUUAAUUUGAACUAUCAUUACAAUCUUCUUCUUUAUAAUAUACUUAAUAUAUACCAAUUUAGGAAGCACAUUAGGUAUUUCAAACAUAACUACUACCUAAUAAAAUAAAUGAAAAUUAAACUUUAUAAAUUUUAAACUAUAUAUUUAAGUUUAUAUCAUUCAAAUUUAGUUUAAUUUUAAAUCAAUUAUUAAUAAAACUAUUAAGAAAAUUAAAGUUUUAAUUCAAAAGAGUGGUUGAUUUAUGAUAUGUUUGUUAUGUUUUUAUUAUAUUAAUUAUUUAUAUAUUAAAUUAAUUAAAAAAAAUAAAUAAAUAAACCCAAAUUAAUAUUAAAUAUCAGUAUAUUUUUGGAAAAAAAAAAUGUAAUAAAAACAUUUUAAUUUUUUAGUCUUUGA